AUGGUAAAUAAUAAUCAAGAAAUUUGUGAUAAAGGAGAAAAUAAAUUUUUGGAAAAUAAAAUACUAAAAGGUGGUGAAAUUAAAAAUAUAUUUAAUAAUUCUAAGGAAAUUCAGAAAAAUAAAGAAAUUAUGAGUGAUAAAAUGGGUCAGGAAAAACUUGAUAUUUUGGAUAAGAAAAUUGACAUAAUUAACAAUACAACUAUAACCUCUGCUGACACCACAACCGGAGAACCUAAUCAUUCAGAAAAUACUUCGGUUUUUCAACCUCCAGGUACCACCAUAAUCAAAACUCAAACACCAGCAACGACUACAAUCAGCGAAAAUCAACCCCCAGAAACUCAACCUCCAAUAACCACUCCAAUCAGAGCUCCAAUCCCAGUCACUAUAAUCAGCGAAAGUCAACCUCCAGUAACCACUCCAAGCGACAUUCCAACCCCAGUAACCACUCCAAGCAACACUCCAACCCCAGGAACUACAAUCAGCAAAACUCAAUCCCUAGUAUCCACUACUACCAGUGAAACUCAACCCGCAGUUACCACUCCAAGCGACACUCCAACCCCAGUAACCAGUUCACUCCCUCAACCACCAUUAACCACUGCAGUCUCUCAACCUACAGUGACGACCAGAUUACCUAAACCUUCAACUCCUAGUAAUUGUCGAGUUCUAGUAGUCAUACCAGGUACUCUAGGAACACCCAUACAAAGAUCGUUACAAGCUGAAGCUAUUAUUAGUACAACCACAUCCACCGCAACAACCGAAGAACCUAAUCAUUCAGUUAGCAUUACAACUACAACCACAGGCAACACCACAACCGAAGAACCUAAUCAUUCAGAUUUUCCUAAGAUGUGUGAAUGUGAUUAUAUGAUGAUGUUACUUAUUCAAUUUAUUCAAUCAAUAAAUGGUUCAAUAUUAACCACUGAAUGGGAAAAUGACAGUAACCCCAAUUUUUCAACAGGUACUGUCAAAUGA